ACGCGGUUUUUGCCCCGCGCAUCACGCUAGCAAAAACAAAAGGAAAUAGAGCAAAAACCAACCCCAAAACAAUAAGCGAGUGUACGUACUGCCGGCAAUGGGUUAAGUUAAGGGCAGACUCGAGGGAGAAGAAAGAAAUGAAACUUUCGUUGAUUUGAAGCUAUCAACCCGAAACCUUGACCGGCUAUCACCGUCAACGUGUAUGUGGCCGAUGCUGUUUCGCCGAAAGUACGUUUGGAUGUGUCGGAAAACGUGCCGGAUUUCUAUCACGCCGGGUGUGCGCUAUCUUACGCAUCCCAGCACCCGGUUGCACGAUCGCUUAUAAAGCGUGUCCAGACCCUGCUGGCCUCGGCCUACAGGGUAAACGUGAAGACACUAUAUGUCGUCACCCGUUCUUCAAGCGUUCAGACGUGCUAUGGUGUCCACAGGAACUACGCUUACCGCUGCCGGGUGCAGCGCCAUCAUACUGUUAAUUGUGGCCGGUGGUUCCCAUUGUGGAACCAUCUCAACGGUACACUAUGGAGAGCCAAAGCAGAGUAAGUUAAAGGCGGAACAUCGGUUCCAGUGAAGUGAAGCUAAUGUUUCCCAUUUGUGUUCUACUUCAAGACAUCUGUUCACCGUACGAGGUCUUAAAAUCGUGUGAACCGUGCUGUGAACCGACCUGUGAAGAUGAUUGUCAGCAUGCAAUCUGUCGCAGAGCGCCGGAUUCUGUGCCAGUACCGACGUGCGUUUGUCGCCAAGGAUACGUACGGCACGGUGGGUCAUGCAUACGGAAAGAAUCCUGCCCAUCACCGUACACCGUAGCUUCGUCGUACGAUAUGUUCCGGCCAAGGCAAUACUACCCUACACCGCGUGCUUACGUACGGAAAUCUUGUGGCCUCAAUGAAAAACUUAGCCACUGCAGACCAUCGUGUGAGCCGACAUGCGAGAAGAAUUGUACCGGUGUGAAGCAUCCGGCAGUUUGCAUUCCUGAGACGAGCUGCAUCUGUAAGGAUGGUUUCGUGCGGCAUAAGGGUCGCUGCAUUCAACGGUAUGAAUGUCCCAAGCGCAACCCGUACCUCACAAGGUCAAUGUCUGGCGAGUACAUCGACUUCGAUUACGUUUCCAUGGAGGCAAUGAAAUCGGAUGAAGAUUACAGCUAUAAAACACAGGCCGAAUUCACCGUGAAGCGUCCAAAUGUACCUACCUAUGAGUAUAAGAAACCAUCGCAGAUGGCUCCGAUGUAUAUUAGGACCAUGGCAACUGCAGCUAACUCACCUGCGUCCGGUGAGCACACUACUACCUACACAACCGAAAGGCCUGCCCUUUAUCCUCCACUGUGUGCCUGUCACAGUGCGAACAAACAGGUGACACCGGCCUACUUGCCCCGGUUGGACGACAACGUAUCGUACGACAGCACGGAAGAAGUUUCCGACAUUGUUCCAUACGUGCCAUCCGUUGGACCAUACAUGAAGACCGCUUCGAAGUGUCUGUUUCCACCGAGCCCUUCGCCCUCGGUUGGACUGUUUUCCGUCCCGCGUAAAACACUUCAAGCAUCACCGCCCGUACAUCAGUGCGAUUUAAACGAACCGCUGGAUCACUUUUGUGGCUCCGGACAGCAAAGUUCUGACGCCCAGGACGAACCUCGGAAAGCUCCAACGAUCUGGCCACCGGUUAACCCCUACAGCCACCGUUGUACGGCAUGCAAACGAAACAAACUGCCGUAGUUUCGUAUGGAGGAAAACCGCAGGACAAAACUGAUUGAAGUGUUGCAUAAAUUAUGAUCGUCCACCUCGUUUUAUCUAACUUUUUGCACAAUAAAUUAUUUUUCUGAUACCUACCUAAC